GCCGCCUCGCGGAUUCUCAUCGCACGGCAGGGGGUAGCGGGAGCCACCACGGGGGCGGGGGUGGGCUUGCCCCUGCUUCUUCUCGUUGUUGCUCUUCUCGACGAUCUCACGCACGCGACGACGGCCGCGUCGCCGGUGGUACUCGAGCCGUUGAAUAGCGUCUAUCACCCGGCUGCUGACGCUACUACGUACGUUUACCUGCCUACGUCGCGAUCGCCCGACUAUUUCGCGCCGAAACGCGUCUCCGGUAUCAUUAACGGCGUCGCGAAUCGAGGAACUCUGGAUCAUCUUACAUUGGCGACGCGCCUUUCACCUUCGUCACCAUCCUUGGCAUCACCUCUGUCGUUAACGUCGCCGUUAUUGUUGACGCCGCCGCCGCCGUCAUCGUCGUCGUCGUCGCUGCCGUCGCCUCCGACGUUAUCGAGAUCGUCGCCGCCUUCAACGCCUCUGAAUACCGCCGCCGUCGUCGUCAGACAUCAAGAUCUCGCCGGCCUGACGGCGAGUCGUGACAACGAGAACGAAGAGACCGCAGCGCGACGAGGAAGAGCGAGGCGAGUGCCGAUAAGCAAGAGAUCGAAGCUGAAAGAUCAACCCUCCCCGAACUUUAUCGACCCCUGGCCGGAGGCAUGGCGACGUGUUAACGAACACCCUCCGCAAUCUCGCAAAGUGGAACCCGUACCGUCGUCGAUCCACGAAGGGAUUCGCCCUGCCGUCCAGACUUUCACUCCGCUGUUAGAGCCCGUCUUCAAGUUUGGGGAAUCGAUAUUACGCCCGGAGAGCUCCCUGCGAGAUAUCCUACUUCGCGAAAGUGCUUCGAAGACAACCGCGACGACGGCGACGGCGGCGUUGGCGACGAGAACGAUUACGCGGAACAUCGCGUAUCUCAACGGCGGUGCGACUCGACGAGCUGGAAGCACCGUGCACGAGAAGAAUGACGUCAGGAGAGUGACCGGGGACCGAGCGGAAGGUGAUAAGAGCGGAAAGCGGUUGGUGCUCGUGGGAAACGAGGAUAAUGGUGCGGUCGUAGUUGGUGGUGGUAGUGUCAUCGAGUGGACCACGACAACAGCCGCCGGGCCGAUGUCAUCGUCGCGGUCGGCGUUCUCCGGAGACGAUGUGCAGGUGGCCGAGCGUGUAAGGGUGCGCGCGAGUUCUGAGCGAAGCUCAUUGAAAGGUGAGGAAGACGACGAGCAGCAGCAGCAGCAGCAGCAACAAAACAAAGUCGUCAUCGCGCGUGAUAACGAAGAUUCGUUUGCAUCGUCGACGACCACGACGACGACAACGACGACGACGACGACGACGCAGCAUCCACCACUGACUCAAGACACCUCUAUGGAAGCACUGGGUGCGAGCGGCUACAUCGUCUCGGCGGCGCUCGUGCUGAUAGUCGGAGCACUGGUGGGUGUCCUGGCGACGAUAUCGCGUCAUCUUCAUCAUCGUCGGCUGUUGGUGCACGAGCCGGUUCCUCCCGGCUCUGCCUCCUCCGCUUCUGCCUCGAUUCUCCACCAUCAUCAUCGGCAUCAUCAUCAUCGUCACCGUCAUCGUCGCGAGGAGCCACCGCCGCCGCCGUUACAGCGCUGUCUUCUACUACAGGAUCAUUAUCGUUAUCCUGACACACCCAUGCUGUCGGUGAGCCAAGGAAUGGAGGUCGGCAGCAGCGGACGCGGUGCAUCGGCGGAAGAUGACCCGACCGCCGGUGCGGUCGGCAGUGGAGUCGGCGGCGGCGGCGGCGGCGGUGGCGAUGGCGACGAUGCCAGAAGGCGUCGGGAUAUACAAGCGGUAAUGAUCGCCGCGGCGAGGGACCGCGCGAUCCGUGCGGAGAGUGUCCGGCACGAUCUCGCCCUCAAUCUGCCGCCGCGACUCGAGCUCCCGGACGGCGAGGAACACCCGUACGGGACGCACCCGGAUCUUCACCUUCGUAACCCGGAACAGGAGAGUGAAAUUUAUCAGAAGUGCGUGCGGGCGCCGCCGAAUCGCACGAUAUUCGAUAGCGAGAGUCCGCCACCUUAUCGGACGCCAAGUAGCAGCCAACAUCUCCAUCCGGGACUGCUCGAUAUGCCCGGUGAUCGGGUGACGCGGAGUCAGAGCCCCAGCAGCAGCAAUUUGUUAUUGAAUACCGCACGCUCGAUGUUCAAGAUGUUCCCGAGCCAUACGACGCCAUCGUCGACGUCGAUGCCGGUCAACAAACCGCCCUUUUCCAGUUAUUCCGAGUCCAGUAGUAACAUGAGCAGUAAUCUGAGCAGUAGCAAUCUGUCCAACAUCACCGUGGUGCCCUGCGAAACCGACGAAAGCCGGCAAGAGCAGCAGCAGCAGCAGCAACAACAGCAACAACAGCAAUUCCAUCAGAAGGUCUGAUCCGCGGCGUCUUCCUUCCUUGACGCCGUUGUCGUCAUUGUCGCAGCCGCAUCGUCCGACCUCGAGAAUGAACGAUGGUUGUCAAAAUCGUUCUGCGCGACUGCAAUGACAAUGACGACGCCCUUCAAGACUGACUCACGGGAGAAACUUCAACAUAGGAUAAAUUCCAUCGGUCGUGUUCCAUCGUGUUCAGCAACGUGUAUUGAAUAUACGCGAGAGAAUAUAUCCUCCUCCCGGCCAGUGGUAUCCUCGUUGGAUCGUUCUUCCGGCGUUCUUCUAUAAUGUGUGUGUGUAUGUGUGUGUGUGUGAGAGAGAGAAAAAGAGCGAAAGAAAGAGAGAGGGUCGUCCGUUCGUGGCCUAAAGGAGGGCCGGCGGAAAGUGUAAAGAAGCCGGCUCCUAGUAGUGACUGAAGUCAAAUCAGUCAUCAAGACUGCGCUCAAUCGCCGUGCGUUGGUUCGCAUCUGUUCUCCUUUUUUUUUCUUCGACCGAGAAAAUCGAUGCGCUGUCGCCACCGCCGUUGUUGACGCGUUUCAUUGUGCAAUUCCAUACGCGGCCAGUGUCUAGCCUAGAUCUCAAGAUUAUUUCAAAGCGGUGGUGCGGAGAUUACGAUAUUGGGUCGAACGCGAAGAGAGGAUAAGAAAGGAUGCAGAAUUGGACGGUCGAAGCUCGACGUGGAAAACGGCGUUACCAACGCGCGACGGAAAGCGAUGGCCUAUCCUGGGACGAGGGGAUUCCCUGUCCGGGAAUUAGACGGCGAGAAGCUUCACUUCGAGGAGAAACUGGUGCGAGCUUCGCAACUCUCGCGAUACCGAUUCAACGACGAAGCGGAUCCGCCGGUUACCCUCUUCCAGCUCUCGAUCGGAGGCUCGAUCGUCGGACAUCGCGGAAGUUUGUUCAUCGCGACGAAGACUUAGUAAAUUAUUUAUUAUCGAUAUAACAUUUUAUUCGCGACGGGCGGCUGCUGCGCGACGGCCGGACGGGGCAAGUGUGGUUUCACGCAUGGUGGUUGUGGAGAAAAAGAAAAAAAAAACGAACGAACGGGACAUGAGUUGUAUGAGCGAAUUCGUUCGGUUGCGUGAGUGCGAGACCAGGCGUACGAGUAAAUGCAAGCGCGCGUGUGCGGAACGAGUAGAACGAAAGACGCGCAAGAGGCGCGGCUAAUUGCAGGGUCGAGGGAAAAAAUGAAAGAAAAAAAAGACAAGAAGAACGGGGACCCGCGCGCGCGCUCGCGCGUGUUUGUGUAUGCGUGUGAGGAAUUGUGUAGGGGGAUAAUGUAGUGCCAAGAGUGAAAACGGAAAACUCUGUACAUAUUAGGCUAGGUAGUUCAAUAUCAAUAUACUUAUUACGAUUAAAAAAAAAACGAUAUGCUACAUACCGAUUUAAAAGUAAAACAUCAAACAUACGUUACAAACACGCAUACCAUUAAAAACACGAGAUGGCCGGCCGUACGAAACUAUAACGGGACGCGCACACACUUCCGACAAAUGUAUGUUCUUCUGGCAAAGUCAAAGAGUCGAAUAUAUUCUACCUCGAAUGCUAUGUGUACUUGAAGCAAUCAACAACGGUGAAUCUUUUCCGACAUAGAAAUUAGAGAGUAAUUAUAUAAGGGAAAUUUGUGUCGAUCUCUUGUUGAGUUUAAAGAUUAUGUGUUCGUAAUCAUUAUAUGUUCAAUCAUAAUCAUUAUAAGUAGCAAAUUGAUGUACCGAUAAUUUAUUUAAAAAAUUAAAAAAGAGUUAGAAUAGAUGAUUCAUCUGUUAUCGCGUUACAUUGAUACAUAAUCUCUAGAAUAAAGUAAGAUUUUCGAAAUUAAGAUCGCGAAAUUUCUCGCAACUCAAAUAGUUGGAACGGAAAAGUUUAAUGGUUCCUCCAAUAUGUAGCUUCUUUCUCUUUAGAUUAGAAUUACAUUAUAAUAUGCAAAGAGGAAACAUAAACUGCUUGGCAUGGUUACAUCGAUAUUUCUGGUUAACUCUUGCUUCUAGCAAUUGCUUAUCUCUUACUAAGUUAUUCGUGUAAAUAUAUAACAGAAAGAAGGGAAUUUACUUCAUUAACGUAUUGAGUUAAAUCCAAUGUUGAUCGACGUUAAUGCAACCGGUAAUUAACGAUCGACUAUAGUGCAUUCGUGCAUCGAGGAAGAAUCAAAUUGAUCGUUAUUUGUUCGAUAAAUAUUUGUUUUGCAGACAGAGUACGUUUGUAAUGGCGGCGUGCAGACAAGAGUACAUUUGCAAUGCAAAUCUAUGAGUAUGCGCAUCCCUUUCGCGUUCCGAAUGGCUCGCCCUGUGUCCGACAUAACGCUAUCUUUAUUAUUAUUCAAAUAGAUAAGGCCUCAGUUUUGACAAAAUAGGACGAGUUCUGCUCGAAUAAAAUUCGAGUUUGAUGACGCGUUUUGCAGUAUAAUAAAUAAUUUCAUUUUAACAUAACAAUUUAUUCUUAAAAAUUAACGUGAUAAAUUUCAAACUUCAAACACGUUAAUAUCAAUAGUUUAUACUGAUUACAUGGUUUAAUAAAUCAUUAAACUGUACAUUACACAAGUUUUAACAGGAUUACUUUUAAAAUAUUUCUAAUAUUAUUUCUCAUAAAGUAUAGAUAUUUAAAUUUUUACAAGAUCAAAACAUCAGCUAUGAGUGUGUCCCAUGCGGAAACGCCUUGUCAACUUUGAAUCUCAAUUUCGAGAUAGAGCGAAUCACUUGAUUAUUUCAUGAGAAGUCACCAAUUAUUAUUGUAUUUCUUAAGGGUUUGCGACGUAGGGAGAAAUUGCAAUGAAAUUAUACCGAUACGUUUCCCUUUGUGAUUACGGAUCGUGCGUGGCGUACGAGGAAUGCGCGAGACGGAAAGGCAGGUGGCACGUGUAGAGCGAAAUAAUGUCUUGUGCGAUUUUGUUGGCGUUAGUUUCGCGAGCUUCCGCUUCAUUUCCGAGGAAAUGUCGGCUUGGCGGCUCUUAAAUAUUAAUUCGAAAUUCUGUUAAGUGCAUACAAAAUUUGUAUUAUACCACCGCCCGUGCGUAUCCGCGACGCAAUUUUAUCACAAAUUACACUCGACGGGAGAUUCAGCAUUCGACAUGCGUGAAAGUGUAAUGUCUUGACGGCGAGGUCCUAAUCAACGUUAACAAAUUCUUCCUAAGAAAAAUUAUAAAUUUUAAUCUUCGUGAAAGUGUCUGGGCAAUUGCGCCCGCACAGCGACGUUGUUUCGUUUCAUGUUCAUUAAGUCGUUGUGCGGUGAGUUGGGGGAGAAAAAUAUCGUCUUUCUGUUUCACCUUUGAGAUGUGUUCACGCGCAUGCAAUAUUAGGCGACAAAGUUUAAUUAUAUUCUAUGUAAAGAAAUUAGCGCGUGUGCGGAGCGAAGCGAUCAAGGAGAAAUAUUAGCAAAGAUAUUUUUUUUUCUUUUCGAAUUUUCACUUCCAUAUUGUCCUUUCAUUCGCCUUCAUCUUCCGCCGAUUACAGUCACACUGUCUCGCGCGGGCAUUUAUCUUUUAUAGAAAAGAUAAACCGUACAUGCGUGUUCUUUGGAGACAGAUUCUGACAAACGCAGAAGCUAAAAAACAGAAAAAAGCGCAGUAUGGAAGUGAAUUCGAGAAAAAAAAUUGUAUAAUUCGAUGGGUCCUGUGCAAGUUUUGGUUAAAUUUGCGACGUUGUCGACUUAGAUUGAAUUUAAAAUACGACGACGCGAGCGCGAGAUAUUUUAGACGAUAAGUUCUAGGUGAAGUAAAAUUUUUAGCAAGCUAUUGUCGAUUACUAUUAUCGCUAUCAGACAUCGUGAUAUAUCUAGCAAUUUGUUAAUUGGGAUUUGAUGAGAGGUGCGAGACGUAUGAGUAUAAUCGUGGCCUUUCGACACGAGAGAGAAAGAGAGAGAGAGAGAGAGAGAGACAGAGAGAAAAAGAGCGAAAGAGUGAGAGAGAGUGAAGGAGAGAACAGAAAGGUAAAAAAGCGAUUUCAGAUGAAAUAUCCUUUUGUUCGUCCGAAUUCAUGGUUCAACCUUCGAGAUUGUCUUUUUUUAAGCGAAAUUUUAAAAGUCAAAAUUACAUUUUUUGGCACAAACUAAUUGUUUAACAAACUACUCGACUUACCAAAUUAUCAACCAAACGUUUUAAAGGCUAGAAAAAAAGAAAAUAGAGAUUUUUAAUUGAUAUAAUUCGAAUCAUCGAACAUACAUUUAAUAAAUAAUUUUUAUUGAAUGCUGCAUACAAAGUUCAAAUAAAUAAGAUUUCCUUUCUCAGCAAUCUCAUUGUAACGCGAGGCGCCGGCUUGAUCGUAGCAUCGUCUGCGAUUGUUGCAGUGCGCAACGUCAGCAGACUCCGCAGCGAAACCGUAAUGUUCCAAAGUCCAUUGCAAAAUACGAGCAAAAAAGCAAGUCGGAAGCAGAAAGUAACAGUCAAGUCAUAAGUUUUUGUUACAUGAAAAUAAAAUUGAAGAUACAUAUUUGAUCAUUCAUUUCUUCACAAGAAAAAAAAA